AUGUCAGAUUACCCUCGCUUGCCUACCCGAGGUGGCAGCUCUUCUCCAGCUCCUCCCCCUCCUCCCCCACCGGUCCCCGUGCAACAGAGCCACAAGUAUUCCAACCGCGCAGCGAGUGCCCUGGCAAGAUUUGCUCAGCCGUUCUUUUCUGGGUCGAGACCUCCGAGUCCGCUGACUCCUGGGGGCCGUGCGGAUUUGUCUGCUGGUCCCCGUCCUGCUAAGUCGAAGUCCUUACCUGGGACGUCCCAAACUGUUACUCAUAAGACCGGUAUUCCAAUUGCAGCACUAGACAUCUCCCCUCAACGGACACACGCAGUAAUCGGGGGGAAAGAAAUCUUGAGAACGAUUCGUGUCUCACCGGACCACUUGUCCGAGGAAUUCAAUCUUCGCAAUGCCAUCAUCAGUUACUCAUCCACUCAUCAUGUCGGUAGUGGGCUCUCAGCGCGACACAAGGACCAGCUGACGGUGAGGGAUGUAAAGUGGUCACAUGGCACUUACGACCAAAUUAUCGCCACUGCAGUGGCAAACGGCCGCAUUGUACUCUAUGAUCUGCAUCGGACCGGCCUUGAGUAUUGUCGGUUCCAGGGACAUAGUCGCCAAGUCCACCGACUGGCUUUCAACCCGCAUAAGCCGCAGUUGCUUUUGUCUGGAAGCCAGGAUUCAUCCAUUCGGAUGUGGGACUUGCGUAUGCCAUCUAUAGAGCGUGGGGUUUCGGUCUGCGGGAGCAAGGAGCUGUACAACGGCAAUAGCGAUGCGAUUCGUGAUAUUAGGUGGUCCCCAAGCGACGGAAGUAUGUUUGCAACCGCAACAGACAGCGGCGCAAUUCAAUUAUGGGAUAUUCGCAAAAAUAGCGCACCAAUGAUGAGAAUUACAGCCCAUGACAGGCCUUGUUUUUCAGUGGAUUGGCAUCCUGAUGGGAAACAUAUCAUUAGCGGCGGCACAGACAGACAAGUCAAAGUAUGGGACUUUUCCUCUUCGGCUGAGCGAAGACAGAAGCCGACCUUUCAAUUUCGGACACCUCAGGCUGUUCUUAACGUUCGAUGGCGUCCGCCGUCCUGGGCUAGGGAGCCAGAAAGUUCUGGUGACUGGCAGUCAACUCAAGUGGUUACAUCCUAUGACAAAGAAGAUCCACGUAUCCACCUCUGGGAUCUUCGACGACCUCAUAUACCAUUCCGAGAGUUUGACCGAUAUGACUCGCACGCCACAGAUUUACUUUGGCAUUCAAAGGAUCUGUUGUGGACGGCAGGCGAAACUGGUGCUUUCACUCAGACCGAUGUCCGGUAUGCUCCUCAGGUGGUCAACCAAAGGCCAACGUGUGCUGUAGCAUGGAGCCCCAGCGGUGAGGUGCUGGCCUUUGUCCAGAAGCGCUCCAGACAAAACAAUCUGGGACUCAGCACCACCAACUUCGUAGGCCAUCAGGAGGAGGAAAGUAACAGCGGUGAAGUGCUCAUUCAGAGCCCAGCAGAUGACUUGCUAGAUGAGCCUUCUUUCGCACCUAUCCGCCACCGGCAUAGUAAAUCAACAAGCAGUGCCAGGCCAUCAAAAUCAUUGGGUAGUACACCGCCCAGUACUUCUUAUUUCAACCCAGUCCUCCCCUUAGAACAGGUAUUGGCAAAGAUUAAACCACCUGGCCCUCGGCAACUUGGAAUAGUUGGAAGUGUUCCAGGUGCUACAAUGAGUCGGGAGGCUUUUCAGCAUUUGGCACGCCGUUAUAUUCCACUGUUUGGCGAUUCCAGUGACAUACAUACGGAUCGUCUUCGCUGCCUCCUAGAUUCUUUAAGCCAUAAUGCUCAGUGCGCAGAAGAUGUGUCAUUGAUAAAAUUAGCUCAAACAUGGCGCAUCGUCCAGUUUGCUACUAUUCAAGAGCUUCAACUGAAAUCAAGAGAGUGGCACCGGAUCCCUGAACGCCCUCGCAGUCUCCGCAAGAAGCUCUCCAAAGAAGGACCAUUUACUGAAAAGCAACGAGCCCUAGAAGACGGGAGGCAAGGUAGGAUAAAAAGCCGAAUCUUUAGGGGGGUGUUUGAUACCGACGUACCUAAGAAGCCCCUCAAAGACGCCGAAAGUGCGUCCAAUAUGACGACACCUCUUGCACAGCCUUUGCCUGAUUCUCCCGUUGGGUCUUCCGACAGCCCUAACUCUCGCUCCAUAUCCUCGAAUGAUUUUGCAAACAUUCAACCUCUUCCACCGUCCCUUUUAAGUUCCCAUAAUGAUACCAUGACCUCCAAUGAUUGGUCCUCGAUGUCUGAUGCUGAAUCCCGUCCUGCUGUCCACUUGGAGUAUGGUCAAUCAUCUGCAAGCGAAAAUCCACAACCACGGAUAAUACCCGGAUCAGUUCCCCAGGUUCCUGAGAAUGACCAGAGGUCUGCACCGCGGGCAAUUACUGGCAGAGCUGACUGGCGCGCUCGGGAUCAUAUUGAAUUCACAAAGGGUAUCUCAGAGGAAGACGAAUAUGACCAGAAAAUGGAAGAUAAGAGAGCGGCUCUCCGUGACUAUAAGUCAUUUCCCAAGAAGGUCUUGUCUCUCGAGUCUCCCAUGGAGACUACAAAACCCCCAAUUUUCCAUCAUCACGAAUCAACAGAAAGUUUCCCGAUGUUUUCAGCGUCUACAGAGAGCUCACAUCCUUCCAAGUCAAUGGAAACACCGUUCCCUCGAGCGAGCCUAUGCGGCGUCUCGGAAGGCGCUGAUCCCACAGAGGAGCUUGGAAACGAAAACCUUAGUAAGGAUCCUUCUAAAGAUAGAGGAGAAUCAUUUUUGAGUUCUGGCUCUGUUCAGAGUGAAGACCUGUGUGAAGAUGAGCCCUUAGAGGAACUUCCAGGUUCUGGUCAUAUCCACCUUGAACGACCUUUUAGCCCCCCACUUCUUCUCAAGGAAUCCAGACCUUUAGAAACUUGGCACCAAGAAGAUGGUAAUCACAAUGAUUACCGCGAUUCCGCCGCGCAAAGCUUGGCUUGUUGGAACACGCCUGAUGGAAGUGAUGGUUUUUCUGGAGUCUCCAUCCCCAUCAACCCUGAUGAAUCAGAGAUUAAACCUUGGAGUGCCGAGGCUUUACUGAAAGAAGCAAUCAGGCAUUAUCAUAGCAGCGCUAAUGUUGAUAUUCAAUCUGCUGCUCAUCUGCUCCAGAAACUACGUGCUCUCUUCCAGGAUUAUGAAAAGAUUCUCCCCAGGGAAGAAUGUGAGCUUAUUUUCAAAUUGUACAAUGAACAUCUUGUGCGCCAGUCAAUGUAUAUCGAAGCAGCUGAGCUCCGGCUUCUCUGUGUGCCUUCUUAUCCGUCGGUCUACGAAUACGCACAGAUAGACACCUUUAUGAAUUUGUUUUGUUACACAUGCAAGCGACCAUAUGAGAAUCCCAAACACGACAAUAGUCGCUGUUAUCGCUGCAGCACCCCCCAGGAGCCCUGUACUAUUUGCCUGAGCCUCGAUCCCCCUCAAGAAUGGGUGGCAGGGCAGAGUGCGCUCCCUACGCGCUCAAGCUCUGAACGGGAUCCUGAGGUCAUUUCACACUUUUUAUCCUCUAAUUCGUCACUUAGGACAGAGCUAAUCCCUCCAUCCGAAAUGCAACAAAUUGAUGGAAACUUUAUUGAUCCCUUCUGUCCUCCUCGACCGAUGGGCUCUACACUCUGGAUAUGGUGUCAAGGUUGCGGCCACGGAGGUCAUAUGGCUUGCAUCAGUACAUGGCUGAACGACGUUGCAGUCAGCGAGGGCGGUUGUGCGACCCCAGGCUGCAUGCAUGACUGCGGUCCAGGCCCACGCAGAGAACAUAAUCGGGCAGUCUUACUGGAGGAGUCCAAGAAGCGCGACUCAGCGAGCAGGAAAGCCGGUGUUGGCUUUGUCAAGCGGGAUACCUGGGCUAAAGGUGAAAGUAAAGCCGUUGAAAAGGUCCGGGGUAUGCUAAGUGUGGGCACAUCUGGUGGAACGAACACUUCCUCUAGCACUGCCGCUCCCAGUGGAGCUUCCUCUAAUCUAAUGUCACCCAAAAAAGUACGCCUUGUUACUCCUGAUGAACAAGGCAAGCGACGAAGUGCUACUUCCCGUGCUAGCACUGGGGGUAACAGUGGACUCGCAAGCUGA